CGCGGUGAUGUCAGCUUUCGACGAAAAUAGAGAGGGAUCGCCUGUAAAUCCUCAGCUCCGGAGGGGCUAAACCUUGCGAUCCCUCCCCGGCAGGCGCCGAGCCAGGGCGCCGAGGCCUCUACCACCUGCCCCGGCGCGCACACACCGGCACACGCGCACACGCACGCACACACUCCCCCGUACAGACAUUCUCUGUCCUCCCCCCUGCCACCACUCUCCGUGCCCGCCACUCGGCACGCCAGCCUGCCCCGCAGCAAAGCACAGGUGGUAGCGGCGGCGGCGGGGGCGCAGCGUUGUUGCGCGCGCUCCGGUAGCCCCCGGGACAGCGCUGUCUUUGGGAAACCAUUCUCCGAACCCUCCAAACCCCCCAGCGCCCAGCCAAGCGCUACUGCAACCUGCGUAGGGGAGCGCGGGACGCGCGCAGUGGAGAGCUAGGACGUGGAUUAGCGCCCGCAGGAGCCUCCAGCGCGCGUCGAGGCGCUAAAGGGCUUACCCGGGAGGGGGGUGGAAGGGCGGAGAGAGGCUCCCCCUUAAAUACCGCUCCCCCGCACACACGCGCUCACCCCAGCGCCGGCUCGCUCCCUCGCUAGCUGCUGCCGGACUGUGCUGAAGAGGAGGGGGCGUUCCCCAGACCAUGGCAUCCACUGAAGGUGCCAACAAUAUGCCCAAGCAGGUGGAAGUACGGAUGCUUGACAGCCACCUCAGCUCAGAGGAGCCGAAGCACCGAUCUCUGUGCCUGCGCUUGUGUGACAAGCUGGGGAAGAAUCUCCUGCUCACACUGACGGUGUUCGGUGUCAUCCUGGGGGCAGUGUGUGGAGGGCUGCUUCGCCUGGUGUCUCCCAUCCACCCCGAUGUGGUCAUGUUGAUAGCCUUCCCAGGGGAUAUCCUCAUGAGGAUGCUAAAGAUGCUCAUUCUCCCUCUCAUCAUCUCCAGCUUAAUCACAGGGUUGUCGGGCCUGGAUGCUAAAGCUAGCGGGCGCUUAGGCACGAGGGCCAUGGUGUACUACAUGUCCACAACCAUCAUCGCCGCCGUGCUGGGGGUCAUCCUGGUCUUGGCCAUCCACCCUGGCAAUCCCAAACUCAAGAAGCAGCUGGGGCCGGGGAAGAAGAACGACGAGGUGUCCAGCCUGGACGCCUUCCUGGAUCUUAUUCGAAAUCUCUUCCCAGAAAACCUGGUCCAAGCCUGUUUCCAACAGAUUCAAACAGUGACAAAGAAAGUCCUGGUGGCACCUGAGUCAGAGGAGACCAAUGCAACCAACGCUGUUGUCUCCCUGUUGAACGAGACUGUGAUGGAGGCUCCCGAGGAAACUCAGAUGGUUAUCAAAAAGGGCCUGGAGUUCAAGGAUGGGAUGAAUGUCUUAGGUCUGAUAGGAUUUUUCAUUGCCUUCGGCAUCGCCAUGGGGAAGAUGGGUGAGCAAGCCAAGCUGAUGGUGGAGUUCUUCAACAUUUUGAAUGAGAUUGUAAUGAAGUUAGUGAUCAUGAUCAUGUGGUACUCUCCCCUGGGUAUCGCCUGCCUAAUCUGUGGGAAGAUCAUUGCCAUCAAGGACUUAGAAGUGGUUGCUAGGCAACUGGGGAUGUACAUGGUCACCGUGAUCGUGGGCCUCAUCAUCCACGGGGGCAUCUUUCUCCCUUUGAUUUACUUUCUGGUGACCAGGAAAAACCCGUUCUCCUUUUUUGCUGGCAUUUUUCAAGCUUGGAUCACUGCCCUGGGCACUGCUUCCAGUGCUGGAACUUUGCCUGUUACCUUCCGUUGCCUAGAAGAAAAUCUAGGGAUCGAUAAGCGCGUGACCAGAUUUGUCCUCCCAGUUGGAGCAACCAUUAACAUGGAUGGUACAGCCCUUUAUGAAGCGGUGGCUGCCAUCUUUAUUGCCCAAAUGAAUGGUGUCAUUUUGGAUGGAGGCCAGAUUGUGACUGUGAGCCUCACGGCCACGUUGGCAAGUGUUGGUGCAGCCAGUAUUCCCAGCGCCGGGCUGGUCACCAUGCUCCUCAUUCUGACAGCUGUGGGCCUGCCGACAGAAGACAUCAGCCUGCUGGUGGCUGUGGACUGGCUGCUGGACAGGAUGAGAACUUCAGUCAAUGUCGUGGGUGACUCUUUUGGGGCAGGGAUUGUCUAUCACCUCUCCAAGUCUGAGCUGGAUACAAUUGACUCCCAACACCGAGUGCAUGAAGACAUUGAAAUGACCAAGACUCAGUCCAUUUACGAUGACAUGAAGAACCACAGGGAAAGCAACUCUAAUCAAUGUGUCUAUGCCGCACACAACUCUGUCAUAGUAGAUGAGUGCAAGGUAACUCUGGCAACCAAUGGAAAGUCAGCUGACUGCAGUGUUGAGGAAGAACCCUGGAAACGUGAAAAAUAAGGAUAUGAUUCUCAGCAAAUUCUUGACUAAGCUCCCCAGCGUACCUUAUGGUAAAGAUGAUAUCAACAAGCUUUCUUUUAAAAGGAAAAAAAAAUGCAUAUAUUUCUAUGUUACUUAAUCUGUUAGCUGAGGCUUAAAGGAGCUGUUGUGAGUCAUGCUGACAGGCAGGGUGCUGUGUCUUUGCCAAAUAACGCUUCAUAAACGUCUGAUUUGCUCACUUGUAUUAUUAUUGUUUGAAUGGAUGCUGCUGGAGGAAUCACACUGAAUUGAAGACACAUUCUUGCAGGUUCUUUUUUUUUUUUUUCCUCUCAAGAUGCAUAACUGUGGAAAUUCUUUUCCCAGGGGAUAUGACAAAAGCAGUGUGGUACAUUCCAGGGAUUUGGGACAACGAACGCACAUGGUGUGUUAUUCCUUAAAGUGUUCAUACCUUGCCUUGUUAAGCACAAGAGAUUCAGCUAGAAGCCUCUAGAAGUAACUCCCCUUCAAUGUCUUGUAGAGUUUGCACAUGUUGAGACUAAAAGCAAAUAUCUCUUAGGGAACUUGGACAAUUUAUCUUUCAGCACCCUUUAAGUUAAAUGUUUCCUGAAUUUUAGUGGAAGCCACACGGCUUCAGUGUGGCUGAUCAUGGAACCCAUUGCCUCUCCAUCCCAUGCAAUUUGGAGAUUCUAGAACGCCUGUAAGAAUAAUAGUUGAAAUUUCAAUAUAUAUGUCAUAAUUCUAAGCUUGAUAAUGGAUUAGAAAGCAUCUUGUGCAUAACCACUGCAUCUAUUGACAAAAUCAAGGGAGCACAGUUGCCAUGGAUUUUAAUCAGAUUUAACUAUUGAAAUUCAUUUAUGUUUGGUCUGCACUCACCUGACACAGUGAAAUCGAGUGAGAUUGUUCCAUCUGUGUUUUGCUUUCUUUGUUUUUCCCAUAAGGUUCUCAUUUGGGAUUUUAACCAGAAAGGUAGUUUCCAUUCCCAAACUGUUCCUAUCACAUUCACCCAGCUGGCCUCUCAUUUUGUCCUCCUGGCACACAGAGGAUGCUUGUGUUGGCCAUGCCCCUUUCCAUACCAUAUCUUGGUACUUAUAUCUAAUAUGUAGAAAGCUUAUUGUUGUAUCAAAGCACAUAAAGCCAGUUACAGGACACGGUUGGAAGCAGAGCCUGUCUUCCUCUUCAGUGGGAAUGGAACAGAAAACAAAGAGCCACGCACAACCCUGUACAGGUGGCAUUCCUAUGGCAGAGUCCAGGCAGCCUUGAACCACAGAGUGGCAACAAAGGAGGCUCCACACAGCUUCCCAGAUGGAAUCUCUUUCAAGGCUGUGGGAGUCUGAAGGAAUCCAUAAUCUAAUUGGCAUAGCCCAGUGCCUUGCCUGUGGUAGGUAGCCAACAUGACCUUAAGGACUGGUUAUGCGAGCUGAAGGCUGAAUGCCUCUGCUACUGUCUCCUACCGAGUCACCCACAGUAUUCCUCUAAGGUGGCUGGGUUUGGGAGUUAGCUGGGGACUUGAGUUAUUAAGUAAAGCACAUUUGACUCUAAGGAGAAGGUGAACCUUGGUCCACAGGCGGGAGUAGGGUGUGUCAUCCGAGGCCAGCAGAGGGCUAUGGUAGUUCUAGAACCCCAAUUCUCUGAGGAGAAGGUGGUUUUGGAAUCACCUACCCUUAGUAAUCGACUGCUUGUAACUUCUGUCUCCCAAAUAGGACAGCUUUGGAACCUACAAAAGAUAUGAGAUUCUACCUGUCUUGUCUCUUAAACCCUAUUUUUUAAAAAUAAAGAUCACUAUGGAGCAGUAUUAGCAGAUUUUUAAAAAAUGAUGUAGGUCUUCAUUUUCAUUAAAUGACCAGUUAACAGGGUGGCCAAGGACAUGCUCAAAUGUAGUAGUGGACUGUACCUCCUUUAUAGCAGAUGUCCCGUAGGCCGGUAGCCAAUGGGACAGUCCCAGGGUUUAGCUGUGAAACUGUUUAGGAUUGUCUCUAAGUGGUAAUCCCAAGAGCUUUUUUUACACCAAGUAGAAGAAUCCAGGCGAGGCCUCUAAGAGCUUGCUGUUUUUUUGCUGUAGAGGGCCAAUGUGUCACUGGUACAGGCUAACGAGGUUUUUCAAAGCAUUGGUCACAGGAUUGUCGUCUCAAGGUCCUGCCCGAAAAUCAAUCUGGUUUCUUUUGUCCUCAGCUUUUUUCUUGCUAUCCUGUUUAACCGAUGAAUAGAUAAGGGGAUAAUGUGUUCAGAAGAAACAAGAUGCAGCCUUACAAAGCAGGCUUUUCUGGUUUGAGGCUGUAUGCAUUGUCUCAUGAGAAUAUACUCAGGAGAUCACACUUAUCUGUAAAUUCAAUAAAUCAUUAAAAGUAAACAAUGGACCAAAUUCAAGACUAGCCUGAAUUUCCAGGAUGUAUGUAAAGUUGACAUGUGACUAUAUCCUGUGGUGUUUUAGGCCUCAUUCAUUCUUCCCAUGCCUUGCCCAUUAGGGAUUCUCUUGCCUAGAAUAUGUGCCAUAAAUAGUGCAAACAGAUCCAGAGUAUACCUCUAAUAGCCUUUAUCUAAAUGGGAUACCUGUCAGUUAGAUGUAUAGAUUUAUUCUAAUAGAGCCAUCACAGAUGAAUGCAUAUAAUAGUCUGUUAAUGUUUGAUGAAGCAUAAAUGUUACAUAGCCACAAAUUGACAUAGCAGGACAGGGACAUAUACCACAUCCUGUAAAGUUUGUGAGUCAGAGCUUUGGCAACAGCAUUUGUUGUAGGGUCAUUUGAUCUUUGCCGGAAUCAGAAUUAUUUCAGGAGAAAACCACCCACGUAGACAUCAAUCCUUCUUUUUCUCAGUUUACCCUUUGGGAAACCCAAGUAGAAUCAUCACCUAAUGAUUAACUAUAAUUCAGGAGAUCCAAAUCAGUUAAUGAGAAGGAUGGCUUAUCUUUCAGGCUAAUGUUUGACCCUAGAUUUUUUCAAGAUUGUGCUCCUGACCUAUGAAAAAAAAUAAAAUAAGGAAAUCUGCAUCUAAGAGCACAGUUCCUUGAUAAAGGACAUUAAGUGACUUUAGGAAGCUAUUGAAUUCUAUUUUGAAAAAAAUUCCUAUUGGAUACAGAAGCAGGCUGUGAUGUCCUUGCCUGUAGCAGUUACCAUUUCCCAUAAAAGACAAAUAUUUAUUUUCCCCUCCUACCCACUAGUCAGCCUGGUUAUUCACAAAAGCUUAAAGAAAACAUGCCAAAAUGCCUGCCUCCUGGAUUUAGACUUGUGGAUGCUGAGAAGGGCUUGGGAGGAAUUCUGUUCAUGGGGAAAUUCCUGGUAGGUGUUGCCAGGAAUCCCAAUGACGGGUUGAUUGGGUCUCAGGUCAUUUCCACUCAUGCAUGGAGAACGAUGUCAUUUGCAAGUACUUCUAGUCAGGAGGCCCUUUCGGAAUUGAGUGGUUGGGAAACUUCUCUAUUGGGUCCCCCAAAGAAAAACGAUCCCUGUCAUAUUUUUUGCAAAUAUCACACUUCCCUUUGAAAGUUUGUUAUAAUUUUUCACCUUUGUCAGAAUUAAGGCUUCUGCCUUUGCAAUAUUUUCCCAUGGAGUACAGCAAUAAAUCCAUGUAGGUAUGCACAUGCUCAGAGAUAAUUCUCCUUGGUUCUCACUCUUAAAAAACAAGUCUCGACAGCUUUUGCCUGAUUUGAUGACUAAAAGUGCACAGCAGUUACACCCUGGGGGAGGGUGGUUCUUCCCACUUUGCUGCUCUUGAACUCUGAGGACCAGUUAGUUGUCUGGGUUGCUGGUUUUGCUUUGUAUAAUGUCCAGCUGAACUCAUUCCAGGCAAAGAUAAAGCACCAAAUGGGAUUUUCAGUUAUUGUAAUACUCACUCUUUGAAUAAGGAUCCUAGAUCUAGGGGCAUAAGAAGAUUAAUUGAAAGCAAAGACUCAAGUGAGAGUUUUAUAAAUCUAGUUGUCAGAGAAGAUUAAUAGUUUCAGCAUCUGUGGGAGUUUCUGGCUAGCUCUAGAAGAAGGGUCACUGUGUGCCAGUCAGGUAGGUGGCACUAGAGUCUCCUUGAGUGGAGUGAGUUCAAAGACACUCAUGAAACAUUAGCUUAUGAUUUUCCCUAAAAGAAAACCCAGUUUUCCCUCUUCCUCAUCUUUCCUCUUAUUUCGAUGCUUAUGAAACAAUUAAGUGACCAUAUAUACAGGUUAGUAUAAAGAUUGGUUUUCAAGCAGAUAACAGGGAAUCUUAAUUGAAUAGUAUCUAAUUUCAUAGCAUAAAAUAACUAAUUUCAGGCAAUGACAUAGAGAUGAGCGAAACGACAUGAUUUGGUAGAGGAAAUAUUUAAUUUAGACUCUGUCCAUCUUUAGCUGAAUGUCUUACACAAGCUACUUUAUGCCCAAGCUUCAUUUUCUCCCAUAUGAAAAGUGAAGGGGUUGGAUUAAAUGAUUUAAAUCCCCUUUCAAUCCUACAAAUCCACGGUAUUACAAUCUCUGCUUUAUUUUCUUCUUUCACAAGAGGCUUACUACUAUAAAAUAUUACGUAUUUAUACUCUAAGUCAGGGGGGCCCAUGAUAAUGAAGAAUCUAGAUUUUUCUUAUCCCCUUUGGGAGAAAUUGAAUUCAUUUUAUGCUUUCCUACAAGCUUGGAAGGUGGCCAGGUCAAUCUGCAGUUUGAUUUUUUGAGACCCUGAUAAACAUCUUUUGUAAAAGGUCCCUUUAGCUAAACUCACUUUCCUAGUAGCAGUAGGGAUUCAGCUCAGGGAACAUGCUGCCAUCAUCGGCAGGAGGGACCGGACCUGUCUCCAGCUGUACCCAAGCUCUUGCAUCAUCCCUGCUGUAGCAACAGAGCCCACUCCAAAUACCCAAACCACAUAGUUUUCUCCAGACAGUCCUAAUUGCCAACCCAGUAUGGGAAUUUGGGAGCCUUUGGCAAAAUAAACUUGAACACCCAUGAAAUUUGGUGCAAGACUUACACAAUCACAGCGACUGUCUCUAAAUACCUUGCCUGCUCUGCGUGGGUGCAGACACGCACAUCCAUUCACAAGAAAGUGGGGCUAAGUCUUUUCUCUGGAGGGAUGUGCAGGGAGAUUUUAUUGAAUUCAUUUUCAAAUUUUCUUCUUGGUUUGCUUUCCCCGCGGGCAUCACCACAGUCGAGAAGCUCUAACUUCACAGACCAUUAUUACCCUUUUGGAUGCCUGCAGAGUUUCUGAGUGGAUGGGGUAUGGUGCAUGGUCUGCAAGGUACAUGCCACAAGCCACGACCUUUAAGCAACCUCUUGCACUUUUUUGCUAUUGUUGCAGUGGGCCACUGCUUGCAUCUUUGCCCUUUGUCCAAACUCUGCUAAUACAGAGUAGGGUUUGUAUUUCUUGUGUGGUGACUUACCUUUAUGGACAGAAAAAGCUUCAAUUCUCCAUAUUUGGAGGAGACAGACAUAAAGCUGGGACUGAAAGGAUUGAGUAUUUUUGUUAUUAUCAUUUGCUUUGAUUUUUUUUUUCCAUUAACAUGGAAGACCUGAUGCAAAAGCAGCAAGAUAAACAGUUUUUUAAUCAACCCAUUUAAGAAACUGUAAAAAAAGUGAAAGAAGCCCUUCAGGUCUUAUUCCAUUCAUUCUAAAUAACAUCCUGAAUAAUUACUAAUCAGGUUCUGUCUCUAUGUCCAGCCUUGCUUCACCUUCUACCCUUGAGCCAAGUAUCUGUUUUGAUAUUCUUUAAAAGUCCUGGUUAUUAUUCAGGGACUUUUUUUGUGCUGAUAAUGAAAGCUACUACUGGAACAGACCUUGCUGCUUUGCAGAGUCAGCACUUGAUCUAGACAAUGUGUACCAACACGUCCCAGGCUCCUUGGAGACAUCCACCAUCCCUGGGUGAGGGUUGGAACCCUUAUCACCUUUCCCUGUGGAGAUGGAUAUGAUGCAGUCAGAGUCUUGCUACUUCUGGGUCACGGUUUCUUCUCCCAGGUACCAGUUAGCCUGCCUGGAAAUAGCCCCUGGUAGGGGGCAGAUACACUCACCAGUCAAGGAAGUUUGUCCAGCACAUCUCUGAGGUUCCUCCCGCAUGGGGCAGAUAGAUCCUCUGAGAUGUACAAUGGUCUCUCGGGUGGCUUACCACUCCAUGAGGGUUGCUUUCCUGAGCAGGAACUCAUCCUUUGGCAUCUAGAUUCUUCUACAGAUUCCCUUCACUCCCUCUUGUCCUCCUCUCCCUGGAAGAGCUUAGCAUUCCAUCUCCAUGUUGCACAACUCAGAUCAGAUUAUCUGAUCACUAGAGAGAUUUGUAUAUAAAAAAGCUACUUUUUUUGAGAAUUUUUGUAUAUUCCUUUUCUAUUUGUUUUCUACAGUUUGAGGAAAGAGCUGGCACAAUGUGAAUCUAGUUUUAUCUUGCUGCCAGCGGAUAUAUUUUGUCUUCCUGGUAAGAAUCUAUGGUACCAGGGACAAUAUAUUGUCCUCUCAUCAGUAUUGCACCCCAAAAACUACAAAUCACUUUAGCUCAGUCUUGCAUUUUUUUUUCUUAAACAAAUCCCCAUGCCUCUUUGCUAUUAUUUAUAAAAGCACGAGAAAAUGUAUUUAUAGUCAUGGAAAUUAUAUGUUUAAUAUUAAUUUAGCCUUCCAUAAUGCUAUACAUUUGUAUCUAUUCAGAAAUCAUAAAGAACUCAGUAUAGACUGAAGUAAUCUAUUUAGUAUCUGUAAUUUUGCAGACAGAUAUUUUCUUAUGGUAUUUUCUAUAUAACCACAUAUAUAGAAUUAUAACUAGAGCACAAGAAGUUUCUACAGCAAUUUAGAGCUAUCAAUUCUUUCCUGAGUAUAUCACCACAUUUCAAAAAUCGAAGGACCCAUUCUUAGCAAUGCAAUGAACACGUCCAUGAAGAACAAAGAAUUACUCAAAUGCCUUAGAUUGUUAGGACGUGCAUCUAAACAAUCUUUCUAACUCAAGGAAUGGUGCUGAUUUUGAAUUUUUGACACCAGGCCUUGUUUUUCCAGCUAAGCAUUCUAAUUUUGAUGGUCUUUAAGAUGAUCAAAGGCAAGAUGAUAAUAGCAGGAUCAUUUUUAUAUCAGAAUCUCCCCUACCUCUAAAUGUUUAUAUGAAAUUUGGCUUAGGAAAACUUUGAGUAGCAAAGACUGAGUACUAGGAAGGAAAUUGGAAAGCUAUUUGUUGCAGUUAAUUCUUGCUAAGGGAAAUGCUAGUAAAUAUCACAUUGUUGUAUGAAUUGAGCACAUAUUUUUAAGGAAAAUUUGAAAACUUUUUUUUUAAAUACUGACAAUGAAGCAAUGCUGUGUCACUGGGGGCUGUAGGUGGGAGCUUAGAGUCACACUGAAACUGUUUAGAAAAAGCCCAGGUAGAUUUUUGUCCUCAGGUGAAUAACAAACUAUGUAACUUUCCCAAAAGGGAAGUGGUAAAUUACUAGCCACUGAAAAGAUGAGGUGUCUUUCCUCUGCCAAACAUACUUUCUGAUAGGGUGGUAGGAUUAGUUUUUUUUUUCCUCCCAUUUUAAAAAGUAGCCAGUUACAUAGAAAGCAUACUAGUGUGUAGUUGAACCUGCUCCUCAUUAAGCACACAGAUUAGAUGUGUCCUCAACUGGCUAAGAUUGUAUCUGUUUUCAAGUACAGCUAGCUGUCAAAGCAUGAAGUUCUUGUGUGUACACGCUGAUACUUGGUUCACGCAUGAAGAACAGUGCCUAAGCACUUUGUGUAGCUAUAAUGUAGGUAUCUAAGUGUAAUUUCAGUGAAAUGGUGUAUAGAUGUGUUGUAAUUUAAUUUAAAUAUUAUUUUUGGCUGUUCAUCUAAAUGCAAUUAGACACGUUGAUUUGUGUUUCAAAAACCCUUCUUUUCUUCUUAGAAGCUAGAAGCAGUGAGUUAUUUCUCCUCUCAAUGUCAUUUGAGGAUAUAUAUGAAUGAAGAACUUCUCUAUGAAUCCUUUCUAGUAAUGAUUGUGUGAAGGUCUGUGGGUGUCCAGCACCUCUGUCAAUACACUUUUCAGAGCAGGGGUGGGUCAGAUGUGUGGUCUGGUUCUUAGGGAAGGUCAUGUGAUAUCGGCAUAAUACACGGUGAAUGCAACGGGGGAGCUUUUGAUUAUCUUGGCUUAGGUAGGUUCAGAAUGAGGACACUCACCUGCAGGUCCUCCUGCAUCUGGUGGAUCAGGCUCAUUGAGACAAAAGGUCAGUAGGCUCCCAAGCAUGUGAGCAUCGUGUCUUUAGGGAAGAAUCAUUCUCUCUGGUUGCCAAAUACUCCGUCACGAUGCACAUGCUCUGAAGGUUCUGAAGAGCCUAGUCUCCCUUGGCCUUUUGAUUGAGGAUAGUGGGAAACACAUUUUCUGACUAACUGCCAUUCAGGUGAAACCCCACAAAAGCACAGUUUGGGCAUCAAACAGCACAGUUUUAGAAAGAGAGUGCCCUAGAAGCACAGGGUCAGUCAGUUUGCAGUCUUGGGGACUGCUGAGGGGCAACUUCCCAUAUAUAUGUGAAGGGAGUUUGACCUCUACCCAGUAUGCUUCAUGUGUAUGCUUGGAAUGACUGAAGAUGAGAUUACUGAAUGCAAUUAUACCUUUGUCUCUGAAAACACACAUUCUGUCUAAUUUCCACUAAAUGCCAUGCUAUGAGUUCUGUAGUUCCUCUAAUCCCUUUCUCCUCCCUAAUAACAGAGAAGAAACAGCAAUGUGCUGUGGGGAACACUGAGUGCUCUCUCUUUUCUCAAGGGACUGAGACCUGAGCUCACAAGGGCAUGGAAGCACAUUAAUUUGCAGUGUUUUCUGCAGAUAAGUGGAGUGAGGGGAUACGGUGGUUGGACAGAUUUUUUUUUUCUUUGAAAAUGUGGCUUCUUCCAAUUCAGAUUGAAAACUUGCAGAAAGAAACAAGCCUUGAGCCAGGAUUGUCUUUGAAGAUUCUUGUAACUCCAAGACAAGAAUCAUAGUUUCCCUCAUGUUCACAAUCCCCGUUGGUCUGAAGUCAUGUAGCAUACAACAUCUAUAGCACAUGGUACUAAUGAAUGCAAAAAGAUAAAACUUCAACUAAUUUUGGGAUUGUUUGUUACGUAUGGUAUUAGGAAAUGCCUUGUUGGCAAAGCACAUUUUGGGGAUUUGAGGUCUUACAUUUUCGCCUUUAGCUUUCCAAGCUUUCUUUUGGAGUGGACUGAUUAAUGUAACAUUUCAUGUGUAAAACAACUGGAUAUUCUUUAUAUGCUGGAAAUAACCUGUGAAUCCAAUAUUUCACUAAGUGUUUUAACUUUUGUGUAUAUAUCUCUCAUCAAUAAAUGUGGACUUCAAUUUC